UUUUACUCAUACUUGACUUUCUUUUCAUAGUAAAACUAAAAAUAAUCUUGAAUUUGCAAACAAAGAACGUAGAGGUCCAAAUUUGCAUAAUCCAGGGCUUUGAAUUCACCUUAUGAGAAUUUUGGAUUCAGUUAAGAACAACAUGCAGCAAAGGCAUGGAGGAUUUGUAUUGAAGGGCAGUCAUCAAUUGUUAUCAAUUAUGGGAAUGGACGGGUCUCUAGAAUUUUAUUUGUGAAGUGACCAUGGUGCCAUUGGCCUCUGGGUUUUGGGAUGUCACAUGAAGCUCAUUAGAUACUUUCAAACUCAAACUAUCCAAAAGUAGACACACGAAGAAGAACAAGAAGAAGUUGCGUCUAGGGUUUCCAUGGUCCGUUCCACCUAGGAUGAAGCCUCACACAGAACUUGAUCAAUUGACCUACGGGCGCUAAACGGUGAAACCGAAACGACGCGUUUCAAAGAGGCUCCCAACAACGCCGUUUGUAGAAAUUCCAUGAGGUUGGGACUUUCUCUGUUUAUCCUUCACCAAAGCCACAGGCACGUCACAUGGCAGGCACAGAUGAAUAAUAGAAGAGGAAGCCUUUUGGGAAUACCAAGAUCCUUCCCAUCUGAGCGGUGUCGGAGAAGAUGAAAGCUGCGUCCGUUUUGAUCUCAAUCACUCCAAUGCUAUACUUUUCCCAACAUUUUUAGCAAGCGUUUUUAGCAACGUCAAAAAAAUAUUCGAAUCUUAAAUUCGUGAUCAUAAUUAGUAACUGAUCAUUCACUUUUUAUUUUUAUUUUUAUUUUUAUGGGUAUUUUAUAUUUGGUUUCUAAAUCUGGUUUCCAUAGCUUAGGUUUUCUAUAAAUAGCACAGGUGACCCAUUGACAUUAGAGGAGAAGCGCUGUUCUUGAUCGAUCUCACCCCUUUUUCUUCUGUUGCUCCACAUACCCAGUGAUUGAAUUUUGAUCAAUCUUUCUUCUUCUUCUUCUUCUUCAGAAUGGGUCGUGGCAAGUUAAAAAUGGAGUUGAUCGCUAAUGAGAAACUUCGGUGCAGAACUUUCCGAAAUAGGCAAAAGGGCUUGAAGAAAAAGCUCCAGGAGUUGUCAACUCUAUGUGAUGUUGAAGCGUGUAAGAUCAUGUAUUGUGAUCAGAAUGGCAAUGGCUCCUAUUCUUCUCAGCCUGAUGUUUGGCCUGAAAAUCACUAUGAAGUUCAACGUAUAGUGAACAAGUACAUGAAGGAAGACCAUGGAAAGAGGACGGUGGAUUUAUCUGACAUUCUUGAAAGCAGAAAGAGGAAGGCCGAAGUUGAACUGCAAAAUCUGCAGGAAAAAAAUGGCGAAACCAAAGGGCAGACUUCUGAGACUGGAUUGGAACUGGAUGGGCUUUCCUAUGAAAAUCUGAUGGAAAUAAAUGAUCAAUUGGACAGGAAACUUGAACAUGUGAUGAGUCUGAUUGAUUUGAAGAAGGGAGAAGCGGACUUGAUGAGUAAGACUCCUGUGAACUCUCAUAUCCCGGGUUUGCCUACAGCUGAGCAAGCCUUUCAAGGCAUUGAAAUGUUCUUAUAUGAUUUGGAUUUUCCCGAUACAAGUAGUGGAGUGGUUGAAUCUGAUUUGAACCCGAUGAUGAUGAUGAUGAAUAUGGAGAAUAACGGAUAUCCAGAUUUUGGAAGUGGAAAGGCAUCCAGCAGUGAGCUCCUGCACCACAGUACUCAAUUUCAGGACCCAAUUCAUUAUGAUCCAGCUCAUGGGAUGGUCAAGAAUAACACUGAUCCUUCAACUUCAUAUCAGAAGAUGGGGACUGUUCCUACCAUGCAAGAGAUGUCGGUAUCCAAGAAUACGAUGAUGUUUAACACCCAUCCCACAAAUUCCAUGCCGCAGAUGGGGUUGUCUGAGAAUGUGAUGAUCGACAUGGAUCAUAGCAUCUCUAUGCAGCAAAUAUCGGCAUAUAGGCAGUACCUCUUGGACGGUUAUUUGUUCUUUCAUUCUUGAUUUUGACUCAUCAUUUUGAUGCAUGUAAUUUGCUUUUAGAUUUGUGUGACAUGUUCAUCUUUGUAACAGAGUACAUCCGACAUCCAAACCAUAGAGUUUUGUUAGCAUGAUUGUAUUCUAAGACUUCAUUAUAUGUAGUUACGUUAAUG